AUGUUUAUGAAACCUUUGGACCAGACGACGGGGCACUCCAAGUUGUGAGACCUUCGUCCCAAAGUGCGGGAACGUCGCUUCAAGUGGACUUCAGACGGCCAACAGCAACAAGAACAACCAUGCAAUAACAAGGACGACCCACCAAAUUCACACCAAAAAUCAAAAAGCAAUAAUGAUGCUCGAAAUCUGAACAGCCGGGAUGGACGACCGGCAAAUGCGGGCGGUGUGAAAAGUGGGCAUUCCUUAAAUGACUGUACCAAGGGAUUGGACGGGAUAAAAGAGGAUUACUGUGAAACCUAUUGUGCUGGAACUUGUGAUAACAGGACAUGCUCAAUAUCCAACAGAAAUUUAAUCACAGAUGACUAUCAAAUAAAGUUGGUUUUAUUUAAUUUACAAUUUAUUUGGACAAAUCCAGUUUUUCAGCAGUGGAAUAUUUAUCGAGUGUCUGGUGAAACCGAUUGCGAACUAGUUAAAAUUACAGUGAGUGGAAUACCGAGUGUUGACGAUGAAAGACUUCAACCUGGCAUAAAUUAUCUUCGUCUGCUGGGCAUUAAAAAAGUUGUUGGAUACGAAAUUUACUUUCCUUCCUUAACAAUAUUUGAGAAACAAGUAGAUGAUGUAAAUGGAGCACAAAAUUUAACUUUUAAAUAUUUAAUUGAAAGUCCUGUCAUUUCUAACGUAACAAAUAACUAUAUUCAAAAGAGCAUGAACAACACAAAAAAAAUUCAAAUUCAUUAUCAAAAUACUUUCGAAAAGCCAACGUUUACUUUUGAGAAAACUAUUUUUGCUGGCAAAACGCAAAUAAACUCACUAGUUGUUACUGGGUUCAAUGUGGAAGGUCUGACAGAAGAGACAUUCGAUUACAUACAAAAUUUGGAAUGGCUAACUUUUGACAAUGUUGAUUUAGAAAAUUUCACAUUUUUGAGAUCUCCUACUCUUCGAUCAUCUUUAAAAUACUGUAUUAUGAAGCUUGACAAUGUUGUGGAUCUGAAACACUUUGACCAAUUUCCCAAACUUGAAAUCAUUGAAGUGAACAAGUAUAAAAAAUUUUCAAAUCUGACCGCUUUAUUGUGUCACACGGGUGAAAAUAAAUGUCGGUUUACAUCGGGUGUGAAUGGCAUUUCAUGCCCCACCAAAUGCAGAUGCCAAUAUAAUCGAGACACGUCACAGCUAGAAAUAAAUUGCUUGCAACUAAAUCUUAAAACAAUCCCAUCGUUACCGGUUCCUGUCACGGGAAAGUCGGUGCUGGCCUUUCAGCAGAACGAAUUGUCUCAACUACCUCAUAGGUCAUUAGCAGGCUAUAACAACUUAAAAGGUCUGGACGUCUCACAAAACCGACUAACCAGUCUCAACGUUGAACACCUGCCUGAAGCCUUAGACUACCUGAACAUAAGUUUGAAUCGAAUAAGCACCCUCAACCAAGAAAUGGUUGAAUAUCUCGGUAGCGUAAAUACUUUCAUUCAGUUUGGUAACAAAUGGAUUGCCCAUUGCGAUGAAGCCUACUUAACAGAGUUCUUUUGGUACAAAGCCAAAUUGAUACGCAUAAAAACAUCAAAAUUUGAUGCCGUUAUGGAAUUUAUGGAAGUAAAUUCGAAAGCCUCAUAUCUAGGAGAUUUUUUUGUAUAUCAGUUCGAUAAUUUAUAUUUGGAAGCGAAUGAAGACGACAUAUUGAGCACAUUUGAUUUUUCGGACAAUUACUUCACAUUGAAGAUACUGGAAGAACUGAACAAAGCAAUUUGGCUGAUAUCAGGCGAGUUUGAUGAAUAUGUGCUCCACCAUCUGAACGCCAGCUGCCCCUAUAGAUGCACUUGUUGCCUUGAACGCCCCACUGGGCAAUUCGUAAUAUAUUGCAGCAAUUUAAAUCUUGACUUUUAUCCAAGGCUGCCGAAUUUGAUUGAGUACAACACGACAUUAUUUCUGGAAGGAAAUGAAAUAAGAAAGCUUACUAAUUCCCAAAAUCUUAUCGUCAUGGGUCUUGCCUCGAUACAGAAGUUGCAUAUGUCGCAGAACUUGUUAACUGAACUUCCGCUUCAUUUGCUGCCCGAGAACAUAACAUAUCUAGAUCUAAGAAAUAAUCGCUUGAGAGCACUCGAUGAUGAUGUGGUAGACUUUCUGCGAUAUCGCGACGAAAUCACAAAGAUAGAACUAUCUGGUAACCCGUGGGAGUGCAACUGCAGGGCGAAGUCCUUUCUCUCUUUGCUGAGGGAACGUGAACCAUUGGAGUACGAAACAGUUCUUCGGCGUGUCAAUAUAACCCAGGAUAAAUGUCCCGAAGACUGCAUUUGUUGCCUCGACACUUCCAACCCCGAACUGCCGGCACUUAUCGUCGACUGCAGCGACAAAGGUCUUGGGGAGGUACCAGCACUGCCUACGCCCACAAUUGGACACACAACUCUCAUCUUUGAAAGGAAUGUUCUGAGGGUGUGGCCCUCUAGCUCGCUACCAGGAUACUCGAGCAUUUCACGAUUUUAUUUGGCCAGCAACCAACUAACCAAUGUCGAUAAUCUACCAGACAACACUGACUAUUUGGACAUUAGUUACAAUAAAUUCUCGGAACUAAGUGAUCGUGUUCAGGGCUUCCUUCAGAAGAGAAUGAAUUCUUCGCAGUUGCAGCUUGUAAUCCAUGGGAAUCCGUGGACUUGCAGUUGCGACAAAAAGGAUUUUUUAGAAUUCGUGAAGGAGCAAGCGAAAAAUAUAAGAAACACAUCAGCUGUUAAAUGCGCUGACACUGGCAAAUCCCUGAUUGAAAUCGAGGAGAUCGACAUAUGUCCCUCAGCCAUCAUCUACUAUGCAUCCCUUGGGGUCACUUUAUUAAUUCUGGCUUUAUCUAUUAACGUUUUUUUUUGCUUUAAGCAACCCAUAUUGAUCUGGUUCUACGAACACGAAAUAUGCCUAAGUCUGGCAGCCCGACGGGAACUCGACCAGGACAAGAAGUUCGAUGCCUUCCUGUCAUUCACCCACAAGGACGAAGAGCUCAUUGCCGAAUUCGUGGACCGACUGGAGAACGGAAGACACAAGUACCGGCUCUGCUUUUAUCUGCGGGACUGGCUGGUGGGCGAGUCCAUUCCCGAGUGCAUUAGCCAGUCCGUCAAGGACUCAAGGCGAAUAAUCAUCCUGAUGACGAAGAACUUCCUGAAGUCCACCUGGGGACGACUUGAGUUCAGGAUGGCUCUUCAUGCCACCUCAAGGGAUCGGUGCAAGCGCCUGAUCGUUGUCCUCUAUCCGGACGUGGAGAACUUUGAUAAUUUGGACAGCGAGUUGAAGGCCUACAUGGUCCUGAACACAUAUCUCGAGCGAAAUAAUUCGAACUUCUGGAACAAGCUGAUGUAUGCGAUGCCACACGUCAUGCUGGGACAGCGGCUACAAAGAAAUCUUUCCGUGCUUGAAACAAAAAUAUAA